AUGCAUCUCUGGUUGCUCUUGAGUGCAGCGCUGGCCUUUGUGCCACAGCGCUCCGUGCCGGCGAUACGAGGCCUGCAAGCCGUCGUAGAAGACGUUGACGCACUCAGCUUCAGAGAGCUGCAGGCGGCGUGCAAAGAGCGCGGCCUCCCGGCGCGCGGCGCGACGGACGUCUUGCGCGAGCGGUUGCGAGAGCACCUGGCCGACGCACCGUCAGACGCCGGGACGGAUGCUGACGCAAUCGAUCUCGACGCCGCACUCGCAGCCGACGACGACGCCGCGUUCGACGAAGAAGAACUCAUAGCCCCCGACGCCGAGGCGGACGACGACGCCGCGUUCUCCGAAGAAGAGCUCAUAGCCCCCGACGCCGAGGCGGACGACGACACCGCGUUCGCGGCGCAGCUCGACGCCUUCUUUGCAGAGGACGACGACGACGCAGACGACGCGGCCGAGUCCGCUAGGCGCGCGCUGAAGGCGGCCCGGGCGCCCGGCCCGGCCGCUACCGCCUGGGCCGAACUAGUCGCCGCGCUCGGCGGCGCCGCCCCCGAGGAGGACGACGCGACGCGCGCGCUGCGGGUCUUCUCCCGCGCGGCGGCCUGCGACGACGCCGCGAGGGUGCUGGCGGACUGCGAGGCUUGCGGUCGCCCGGCGGGCGUCGGCGCCUGGAAGCUGGCGCUCGAGGCGUACGCGCGCUCGAAGCGGCCGCGCGACGCCGACCGAUUGGCGGCCGAGGCGCGCACGCGCGGCGUCUUCCCGGAAAAGCCGGACGGACCGCUCUACCGCUCGUUGCUGAAGCACUGCGUCGGCGCCUGCCAGUGGCGCCGGGCCAUCGCGCUCCUCGACGAGAUGGAGGGCCGCGACGACGUCACCGUUGACGGGCGCGACUGGAACCUGGCGCUGUUUGCCGCCGAGCGCCUCGCCGUCGACGCGUCGAAGCGCCGCGGCCGGCUGCGCCGCGCCGACGCCGAGGGGCCCGACCGCGUCAUGGCGGCGAUGCGCGCCAAGGGACAGGAGCCCACGCCGAAGGGACUCGCCGCGGCCGUCAACGCGAAUCGCUACGCCGGGCGGCCGGACCUGGCGCUGGCGAACCUCGCCAGGCUCCAGGCGGCUGUCAAGAAGAAGGGACGGAACGAGCCGUGGGAGCCGGACUACGCGAGGGAGGGCGUCGUGGCCGUCCUCGACAGCCUGAAGCGCGCCGCGAAGAUGGAAGAAGGCGACGCGGCGCGUGACAGGUUCGCGAAAAUAGCCGUCGCGCUCGCGACGCAGGCGGCCGACGACGCGGCCGACGGCGACGACGAGCGCGAGGCCCACUUCGAGCGGUGCGCCGUGACGGCGGCGGGCGCCUGCGCGCGGUCCAUGCGGCCCAACGCGGCGCGACAGGUGCUCGAGGUGGCGAAGAAGCGCGCCGCGCGCGAGGCCGGCGCCUGGCCGAAGACGGUGCUGUACAACGCGGUCCUGGACGCCUUCGAGGCGGCGGGCAGGUCGACCGACGCGCUCCAGCUUCUCGACGAGUUCGAUAGGAACGGCGUGCCGUACGACGCCGUCACGUACAAUAUCGUUUUGAGACUGUGCGCGCGCGACGGCGCCUACCAGCGCGCGGCGGAGCUAUUGGACGAAAUGGUCGCGGACCCCUCCCCGAAAGUGCGGCCCGACGUCUUCUCGUUCACGACGGCCAUCAAGGCCUGCUGCGUCGAGCCGAAGCGGCGGCGGCGCGACGACCCCGCGGCGCGCGCCCGGUUCGCGCUCGGGCUGCUGUCGCGCUGCGCCGACGCCAACGAGGUCACGUUCCGGACGGCGCUGCGUGCCUGCGUCGGCCGGCCCGACGAUCCGCCGCCGCAGCGCGACGCGGCCCGCGUGGCGCUCGGCGUGCUCGCGCGCAUGCGCGUGGCGGGCUACCGGCCCGACGGCCUCGGCGACGUCGUCGACGGCGCGACGCUGGCGCGCCUGCGGCGGGCGGCGCGCGACGACGUCGGCUUCUCGGCGGAGGGCGCGCGGGCAGCGGAGUUUUUCGGACUUGUGGAUCGGCGCAGCGUUCCUGACGAGGACGAGGACGAGUGGGAGUACUAG